CCCCGGCCUGUGGACCACCUUGAAUUUAAAGGGCUGGAGAGCCAGAUACCAACGGGUGAUCCACGCGUUAGUAUCCUUCAUGCGGUGGGAGCAAUGGAGGAGACAAUGAGGCAGGUUCAAGUGCUUGUGGUGGAUGUGGACACAGAUAAAGAUGUCAACAUGGUAGAAGUACCCCUCAUUUGUGGAGAAGCCUAUGAAGGGCAGAAUGUUACAUGGACCAAAAACCAAGAGGAAAGCCUGGAGGCUAAAGGAAACAGGAUUACAGUUACAGUAGAGGGGUGGAGGGGGGGCAACUACUCCUGCUUCAACACUGAGGGCUCCUACCUGAACCAUUCACUGGUGCUUGCUCAGUGGACAUUCAGGAAGAUUAUCAAGAACACACCUGGCAAAGGUUACAUCCAUUGUUCAACAAAUAACUAUGGAGGCUCCUUCCAAUGUUCCUGGACAUGGGGUGAGAACAGGAAUGAACACGUUGCUGUUGUUGCUCAUAUCAAAGCCACACGCUAUCACAGUGAAAGCAACAUCAACUGCCAUCUGGAUUCCAGUGGACAGAUUAUCACAUGCGUAGACCAAGACUACUGUCCAUAUGCAGAAGAGGUGGAGCACAUCAACCUAACCAUCUAUUUCAGAAGCAGCUUUGUUUUAGAAACCUACUCCACAAAGUUUUAUAUCAUGGAUAUAGUGAGGCCUGAUAUGGUAGCGAUUAAUCGGAUCAAUCAAACAUCUGUAGAACUAGGAUAUCCACAAUCCUGGAGCACACCAGCCUCCUACUUCCCUCUCAUCUUCCAAGUAAAAGAGAUUCACUGUCGUAAAUGCAAAAAAUGUGACUGCUCCAAGCCCAACUCACAAGAGGAGAUUGUAAAAAGUCACCAGCUACCAGUGACAAAAGGGAAGACCGUAUGUGUGAGAGCACGGGAUGAAUUCUGUAAUUCCUCUUGGAGUGAGUGGAGCCAGUACAAAUCCCGCACAAGACUGUGCAAGAUAAGCAAGACAGGAAAUACUGUUACAGCAGGUGGAGCAAAACUGUGUGCCAUUCCCAAAAUUUUAAAGGGUCUCUCUACAGAACUUCGACAUCAGAGCAGAAGAACCAAUCAUCCCUCUUAAUUCCUGAUUGUACAAGUGUUGUGUAAAAUCAAACCAUGAAAUGAAGCGUUAAAAAAAACCUAGAAAAAACAUGUGAUUUGUGAUACAUAAUCAUUAUGAAUAGCCUAUUAUGAAAAACAUAGGUUGUGGAUUUUUGGAAGUGAUACAAUUUGUGUUUAAUGUGGUAAUUUUGAGGGACUAAAGCAAACCUGCCAUUCAAUAACUGUGGUCAAAUUGGCAAUUCAAGGUAUUAUUAACAAAAGAAAAACAAAGGGGAAAUGCCAUUAGAGGGAA